AAGACAACGCAAGAGCCAUGCCUCUUUUUUUCAUACGCUUGCUUGACUUCUAGCGUGUGUAACGCUGUUGCACCUCCUCUUACCCCUCCCGUUGUCUAGUUGACAGGAAUCUCCUCAGGCAGGAUUGGAAAGCACUGACAGAGAUAAUGGCCGUUCCUCCUACCUAUGUUGACCUUGGCAAGUCCGCCAAGGAUGUCUUUACCAAGGGAUACGGUUUUGGUCUCAUCAAGCUGGACUUGAAAACAAAGUCAGAGAAUGGACUGGAGUUCACCAGCACGGGCUCUGCCAACACCGAGACCAGCAAAGUGGCCGGCACCCUGGAGACCAAGUACAAGUGGGCCGAACACGGACUGACCUUCACUGAGAAGUGGAACACCGACAACACUCUGGGCACCGAGAUCACUCUGGAGGACCAGUUGGCCAAAGGGCUUAAACUGACGUUUGAUUCCUCCUUCUCGCCAAACACUGGCAAGAAGAGUGGUAAGAUCAAGACUGGCUACAAGAGGGAGCACAUCAACCUGGGGUGUGAUGUGGACUAUGACAUUAACGGGACGGCUGUGCACGGCAUGGCGGUGGUGGGCUACGAGGGCUGGCUGGCCGGCUACCAGAUGACCUUCGAGGCCGGGAAGAACAGGGUCACCCAGAGCAACUUCGCCGUGGGCUACAAGACCGACGAGUUCCAGCUCCACACAAAUGUAAAUGAUGGCACCGAGUUCGGGGGCUCCAUCUACCAGAAGGUGAACGACCAGCUGGAGACAGCAGUCAACCUGGCCUGGACCGCUGGCAACAGCAACACCCACUUUGGCAUUGCAGCCAAGUACCAGAUUGAUGCUGACGCAUCUUUCUCGGCCAGAGUGAACAACUCUAGCCUUGUGGGCCUGGGAUACACUCAGACUCUGAAGCCUGGCAUUAAGCUGACCCUUUCUGCUCUCCUGGAUGGGAAAAACAUUAACACCGGUGGGCACAAGCUCGGUCUUGGCCUAGAGUUUGAGGCAUAAGAAGGCAAGGAACACAACAACCCCAAACCUCCAAAUAUUUUAUUGAAAUAGCUAUCCUCACCACCUUGUUUCCCUUACAGUAGAUGUGCUUUGGUUGAGGUGAGGCGGCACACGUGGUGAAAUUACACUACAGUUGAUAUUCCACUUUUACAGGACCAUUUCAGAUAAAAUAUUUCGGAAUACAGGGCCCAGUUUAGAACAAAACUAAGAUAUUUUAAAGGUCGGCAAAACGUAAAAAUGAAAAAGGUCUGUUAAGGUCUUAUGCAUUUGUAUUUCACUACAAUCAUGUAAACACUCAUUUAUUUAUAUAUUUUUUCAAAGCUGAUAAGAGAAAAUAAAAUACUGUAGAUAAAAAAAAAAGGAUUUGGUAAACAUACAGUUUACUUUCUGUCCACAUGGUGGGGCUGUUGCAUUAAACAUCACUGGUACUGGAUUACAACAUAAACAUUCCUUGGCCAAGGUGAAAUAUUCCUCUGUACUGGAGAGUUCUCUCCUUGUAAACCAUCUGACAAAGAAGGGAAGUGUCUAAGAUAUUAUAUUAUUAUGGGAUGGGUAAGUGGUCCUUCACUUAAGCAGCAUUAGCUCUGAGGCACUAAAUAGGGCACUACUUUAUGAGAAUAUGGUGACAUUUAGGAUAAAAACCUUUUUUUGACUCGUCUGUCUGUGCAUUUGGUGUGAAUUAUUUUUUAUUAUAUUAACAAUGUUCUUGAAUACUUACCUGCCUGUGAAGUUUAAGGCAAACCUCAAUUGUUCCUAAAGAGAAAGGUAACCUGUCCUGCACACUAUUCAACAUCCCUCUUAAUACAAAUGAUUUUACAAGGAAUGGUAGUCUUCCGAUGAUGGCGUUGGAACAGACAAACUCUGUGUACGUGACGUUGUUACUCCCUGUUAAAUAAAGAACAUAUUGAAUG